AUGUCGAUUUUUUUCUGCCCGUCAUCACCUUAUGCAGCAAUACAAAUGCUUCGAUUUUCCACUUUGGGAAUGGUUUCUAAUAGCGAAUUUGAUCCAGAUGGUACUUACUUGGGAUUUCAAAAUAAAAAGAGAAAAACAAAAAAAAAAGAAUAUCGAAUAUACCGUCAGUGUACACAUGUGCAGACUGAUAGAAGUACUAAAAUCAAGCAAACCAAUAUGAUAAUUAAAUCUAUCUUCAUACAAAUUAUGUUUUGGUGGUCGCUAUCGACAAUGGUCGGCUGUAUCCCGGUGGAGGAACCAAGUGAACGACGGAUAACUAUAGACAGCGUUCCGCUCCCUGACAUUCCAAUGGCCAGCGAAGAGAGCGUUCACAUGCUAACGGCCGUCCGAUUCCCACCACCAGCGCUGUUCUUCGCAAAUCCUGACAAGAAAUGGUCACUGGACGAUUUCGAAAAAUCUGAUCAGGCCACCACAUACUCGGUCACUGACGAUAUGUCAGAAACGCAGGACCAACAAGACUCAUACCCACAACAGGACCUAGCCACCACCCUCGAACCAGAAACGCAAACAGAAGUCGAGACGACCACCAUAGGGGCCGCAGUCGGCGAAUUAGUAAAUAGACUACAACAAACGGCCAGUGACGGACACGUGGAAAGUUUGCGGCCGACUGGUGACGGACAUGCGGAAAGUCAUCAGCCUAUCGGUGACGGACUCGUGGAAAGUUUGCGGCCGACUGGUGACGGACAUGCGGAAAGUCAUCAGCAUACCAGUGACGGACUCGUGGAAAGUUUGCGUCCGACUGGUGACGGACAUACAGAAAGUCAUCAGCCUACCGGUGAUAAACUCGUGGAAAGUCUGCAACCCGCCCGCGACCGACUAUCGAGCAGUCGGCCGACCACCGUUGAUCGACUCAUCGUCACGUCAAAACAGCAACAGCUACCGGUGCAUAAUGCGAAACAACGGCCGGCAGACCGUUGGUCGGAAAAGCGAUGGACGACCUCCCGAGACCGAUUACGACGCCCUGUCGCAUCAGAAAACGACCGAUCGCCAAUCCGGACCAUCGUUUUAACCAGCCGACCGCUUCCGGUGCCCGGCGCCGAUGUCCGAUUUCCCGACGUCGAGUACGCGGUGGCUCGUCUUGGCGAGCGGAAGAACUUGCAUGAUUUCCACCGACAAUAGUACACAUACAGUAAUAAUAUUAAAUUUGCAAACCCGAUUACCACACAAUCGUAUUGUAAAGAGCUAACCACAGACUUUGCUGCAGGCCGACUUGAGUUACGCGUUACUGCAAUAAUAUUGUGCAGUGAGUUGGUAAUUCGAUGUAUGUUUAUUGUUUUUAAAUUAAU